AUUUUACUAUAAUUUAUUUUUAAAACCGUUUAACUUAUUACAAGACCGUGCUUAUGUAUGUGCACCUGUAUGGUAUAUAGUAUUUACAAUCUCAUACAAAUCGGCUUGAGUAGGCAAAUUGUGUGAUCAUUUGUAUAAUUUUAUUUAUAUUAUUAUAAACAAUUAUUGAUAGUUGUUGAAAGUUAGUGACGUUUAUUACUGAUCAUACAAGAUAUAUGAAGUCUAAUUUGACAAGCUCAAUGUGUGCCUUUUCCAGUUCCAAAUUUAUUGUAGGAUUUAUGUUUUUUACAUUCGUUUAUAAGAAUGUAUAUGGUCAAUUCAUUGCCUAUAUUAUACGCUUUAUCAAAUUCAUCAUGUUGGUUUCAUAUACAAUUAUUUUGGUUUUAUUUAAUAUUUGUUGACGAUUCUAGAGUAUUGAUGUAAUUAUCCUUUAUUUGUUAGAAUUACAUUUUUACAGUUUCCAUAGGAAGUACCCAUGUAAUAAUUUAAAUAAAAUAAUAAACAUUUUUUUAUUACAAAGGUCUUGGUCUCCAAGAUUAUUUUAUUCCGUACUUUAUUAUGAAUUAUAAAGUUAGGGGUCACUAUUAGUUUCAUUUGUCAGAGUUUGUUCCGAAUUAGGCAUUAUUUCUGAUGCAGUUUGCUUUGCAAGUUGUGUCAGAGCUUUUCACCGAAAUUAUUGGGUAUGAAGGCAUGGUUACUUACUAAAGGCAAUGCAUGAAGUGUGUCACCAAAGUCCCAAGCAAUAUAGCACUAUACUGUUUGGCAUUCCGGAGGUCUAAGAUGAUUAUUAUGGUCAAAUUACAAUGAUAACCGAGACGAUUGUGCAAAAAUAGUUGUUAGCAGGUUACAAUGACGUAUAAUUAGCGAAUUACUGACGCCUAAUACUUUUUUCCGACCACUAAUUAACCAACAUCCUAAUUAAAACAGAUAAUUUUCUAUAUCGGACAGUUUUAUUUCAACCGAAAACUAUCGCAGGACGGGUGUUUUUUAGAAUAGUGUAAAAUAGUUUACAAAAUGGAAAAAAUGUAUCAAUACGUAGAAUCAGCUGUAGUUAAUUAUAAAUUGAGUUAUUGUUGCUGGAUAGCGCCUGUUAGGAUAGGUAUAAUAGUGGUUGGAUAUUUUAAUUUGAUUGCUGCGAUAGUUUCUUUGGUGGGCACAGCGAACGAGACAUUUUCACCGACUAUUAUGAAGGUUCAAGAGAUAAUAUUAGAAGACAAUGCAUCCAAACCCAUUCCAAUUCUGGCCUAUUCCACGGAUAUGUCAUUUACUGUUCUGUUGUUAUGCGGGAUAUAUCGGAAUGAUAUCGUAUUGUUGCAAGUGUAUAUAUAUUAUACUAUAGCGACGGUGGUAACGUCCAUUCUAGUGUAUUCAAUGGUCAUUGCUGCUAUAGACGUACUCCUCGUUAUUACGAUUAUAUUUAGUACAAUAUUCCAAGUCUACAUGCUCCUGUUGGUGUGGAGCGCGAUAGUAGAAAUAAAAGAGGCGUCAGCAGACAAAAAUGGUGACAUUAAAGUGGUAUACAGUUCUGUGGACCAGGAGAUAAAAGAGAUGGUCACGAAACCCGUCACCGAUGUUGAAUCACCCUCAAUCGCCGACGAGCCAGAAGCAGGUCCUGCUCCAACAGAUGAAGAAACGACUACAGAGUACAGAGAUACUAAAUUAGAAACAGUAAAGGAAGAAAAGGAAGGUUGAAAUAAAACUCGACAUUUAUUACAUGUAC